AAAAAAAAAAGAAGGCCCACCAACCCUGUCGCUGCAAUUUUUCGCUUCCCGCCGCCCGCAACAACCACGCACCGAGUUGACCCAAGGUUGCGAAACUUCCACUCCGCCUCCCACCAACCCGCCUGCUUCAGCUUUCGGGUCCGGACUCAUCCAUCACUCGACCCUUUUCGAUACCUACCUACUUCUUGACGGAUCCCCUCACGGUUCCCGUCAUCAACUCCAUCCUACGCGCUUCGUCUCGCAAGCGCGUGGCCAACUAAACCGCAAUCAUGGCUCCCAAGAAAGAGAAAGCCCAGAAGCUGUCUCUGGGUGAAUUCCUCGGCGAGACUGGUGGUGUUUCCUCGUGGGCUGAUGAAGUCGAGGACACAUAUGGUUCCGGCACCCAGUCCUUCCCCUCGACCGACCGUCGCACUGGCCCCAGCUCGUAUGGCAAUAACACUAGCUACGGCAAUGACCGGGGUUACCACUCGCUCCGCGACAACCUCCCCCAGGAGCUCCCCACCAAGCCUCCUUAUACCGCUCAUCUCGGCAACUUGUCGUAUGAUGCCACUGUCGAGAGUGUGACCGAUUUCUUCCACGACUGCAACUGCGUCAACGUCCGCAUUAUCGAGGACCGCGAGCAGAACCGUCCCAAGGGCUUCGCCUAUGCCGAGUUUGCUGAUCUUGAGGGUCUCAAGACUGCUUUGACCCGCGACGGCCAGUCCUUCGAGGGUCGUAAUAUUCGUAUCAAGGUUGCUGAUCCUCCCCGUGGUGGAUUCGGCGACCGCACCGAGAGCUUCCGCGAGCUUGACUGGGGUGCCAAGAGAGGUCCCCUCGCUGACACUGGCGGCCGUAGCAACCGCGAUUUCGGCGACCGUAGACCUCCCCGUGAGUUCAACGACGAGAGGCCGGUUAGAGAGGCCAGAGAGAUCAACUGGGAGAGACGGGGCCCUCUUCCCCCUGCUGAGCGCCCAGAGUCUCGCGAGGGUGCCCGUGCCCGCAACACCACCGACUUCAGCGCUGCUAGAAGGGCUUCCCCCGCCGCUUGGGGUCCCGGAGAAGGACGCCAAGGUGGAGAUGGCUCUCGCCCUCCUCGCCGCGAAUUUGCCGAGCGCCCUGAGCGUCCCGAGCGUGUUCCUACCGCCGCUGAGAAGGAGAUCAACUGGCGCAACAACAUGCGUCCCGUCGAGCCGAAGUCUCGUGAGGGUAGCGAGGCUCCUGGUUCUCCCGCUGCCGCCCCCGCUGCGCAGCCAGCUGGUAGACCCAGACUGAACCUCACCAAGCGCACCGUUUCCGAGGCCCCUGAUGCGAUCUCGCCUGCCCCUACUUCCAAGUCGAACCCAUUCGGUGCGGCCCGCCCCAUCGACACUGCUGCCCGCGAGCGUGAGGUCGAGGAGAAACGCAUCCGGGACAAGCAGGAGGCUGAGGAGAGGGCCAAGGCUGAGAAGGAGGCUAAGGAGGCCGCUGCCGCCGAGGCUGCUGAGAAGGCCAAGGCUGAAGAGGCUGCUGCUGCGGAAGCUGCUGCGGAAGCUGCUGAGAAGGCCAAGGCUGAUGCCGAGGCCGCCACUACUGCUGGUACCAAGCCAGAAGUCCAGGAGGGUGAGGGUGAGCAGAAGCUUCCCGUCAGAACUCGCGAGCCUCGUGAGCCUGCUCCCAAGUCCCGCGCCGCCGAGAGUGGCAGCUGGAGAAGAGCCGGUGAUGUCCCAGCCCGUGGCCCCCCCAGCGGUCCCCGUCGCAGUGGCGGUGCCCCCCGCGCACCCCGCCAGGAUGGUGGACGCCCUCCUCGGUCCAACGGAACCACCGAUGCUCGCGGUCCAUUGUCUCCCACCACCGAGAAGGCUCCCGCCAGCCCUGCUGUCGAUGAUGACGGCUGGACCACUGUUACCCAGCCGGUUAAGGGUCGCCGCGGCGGCAACCGGCCCCUUGCUUGAUUGUAUUAUACCACACCACGACGCCCCCUCGCUUCUUUUCGAUUCCCAGCACUGGCGCUUGCCCGUUUCCAACUGCAUGUUUCGUCAUUGCUUUGGAUAGACGGGCAUGGCGCUGACAUCCGACCUCGUUCUCUCUUCCAGAUGAGUGUCAGCCGCUGAAAGCUCUUUCCAUCGAUCACCAUGCCGCUUUCUUCUUGGGGAUGACGGAUAAACCGCUUUUUCCCUGUCUGCCCUUCCUGGAUGGACCGGCGCAUUUGGGCGAUCCCGACCGCGUUAUGCCAAAAAAAGUAAUGGGUUGUUCCUGCGUUUUUAUUUCGAUUUUUAGCCACGACGUUUUAUGCACGGGAAUGACACGCAACUUCUCGAUUCUAGAUUCGGGGCCCUCGCCUACUCGGGUGAUGGGCUUUCAAUGAAGGGUGUGUGGGGUUUCUGCUCGGUCGUCACAGCAGAUUGUUUUUAUUCUGCUUUUCCAAUCGAGGAGCACAAAAUGGCGUCUUGGCUUUUUGGGAAGGAAACGGGAUCCUUUUCUACUAGAUAUGGGUGGGAGGGAACCACGCAAGGGAAGGGGUCUACCGGAUUUUUCUACCUGUUAUUUAUGAAGAGAGCUUUCCGUUGGUCAUCUCUUUGUUGUUGUUUUGGUCUUUUGGGGAAAUAACACACAUUUCCUUGUUUCAUGUCAUGUCUGCCUGCAUUUGACCCGAAGCUGUUGUGUUGUCUUGUUCGUCAGGUUUUACUGUUUUCCAUGUCUGAGGUGCUUGUGGGCGUCUGUCAUGUUUUCGAACGUGACGGGUCUAGAGAUGGGAUGGGGUAUAAUCUGUGAGGAUGAUGUUGAGUGGAUGGGUUUCAUGGCGGAUGGUGGAGGUGGGAGGAUGUGUUUUCCCCAAAUGUUGUUCUCCCGUCUAGACCCGAGGGAGAGAAAGAGAAAAGUGUGGAGAUGGUGAAGAUGAAAAUUCUCAAUGGGACUGAUGUUUCGAUUACAUGGCGUAAUGAUUGUGUUGUUAAUUGACCCCUAUUCCUCCAGUGAUUACUCACUAGCCAUCGUCCAGAUUGGUACCAAAUAAUUUAGCUCAAACAGACAAAUAACCCAGCCCAAAGCUUUCCCCAACCCAAAUCGAAAAGCCUUUCCCAACUCGAACAGAAUUCUUUUCCCAGCCCAACCGAGACCUUUCCCUUCGACUUGACCACCCUUAUGCAACCCAUUAACUAUCAAAAACCUCGCGCACCGCCCCCGCGAUCCUCCUCACCAUCUCUCUUAUUUCUUUGGCAGUGACAUCAUACGCCGGCAUGACCAUGAUGACGUCCCCCCUCCCUUGAUCAUCGGCGCAGCCCUGGGAGGCAUAAACCAGGACCUGCCAGUUCUUUAGUGCGGUUUUGUGCACCCUGCCCGCAAUAUCGAGUUCUCGCUCAAACGGCUGUUUUGUUGUCUUGUCGGCUAUGAACUCUAUCCCUACGAACAACCCCCUGCCCCUUAUAUCCCCCACGUUUGGGUGCUGGCUUAGCUGUUUCUGCAGUAGGUGGAGGAGCAACCCCCCCUGGGCGGCGACGUUGGAGAGGAGGUUGCGGGAUUGGAUUGUGCCUUGGACGGCGAGACAGGCGGAGGCGACGACGGGGUGGGAUUGGUUUGUGUGCCCGUGAGUAAAAACUUUAUUGUGGGAGGUCAGGAAGUUGGACAGGGGGGUGGAGAUCAAAAGCGCCGAGGCGGGCAGGUAAGAGGCGGAGAAGGAUUUUGCUAUUGUCAUCAUGUCGGGGGAGAUGUCGGGUUCAGGGAAGGAUUGAUACGCGUGGAGAUGGUGGGAAGGGGAGGUGGCUGUCCGGCCCAUUCCGCACAUCACCUCGUCGUAGAUCAGGAGAAUGCCGUGGGUGUGGCAGAAAGAUUUUAUACCGGAGAGGUAACCAGGUAAAGGGGGGACACAGCCGAGGGCAGCGCCGACGAUGGGUUCGAGGAUUAGGGCCGCGAUUGUCGAGGGGGAGAGGGUGGUGAUUAGGGACUCAAGGGAGGUGGUGGAAGUUUGUCCGGUUGAGAACUGAGGUGAAUGGUUGUCGUCGGGUGGUGUGUCCUGAGGCGGAUAACGACCCUAUUGUCGUUCCGUGGUAGGAGUGAGAGCGGGAGAUGAUGUUUACCCUCUCCGGCUGACCGUUCCAGGCGUGGUAUUCGAGGGCAAAUUUUAAGGCGGCUUCGACUGCUUCUGAGCCUGUGUUUUACACAAUUAGUAUGGGUGGGAAAAGACAAAAAAGAGGGGGAAACUGACCAGAGGACAUGAGAUACAUCUUUCCCAUUUUACCGUCGGUGCUUUCACAGAGGAACUUUUCCAGUUGGAGCACGGGGUCGACGCGGAAGUGGGCGU